AUGACUAAAGUAACUCACCCCAAGCUUGCUUCUUUUGUUCUGGCUAGGAGAUUAUAUCAUAUCCGGUGUUGGAAUGAGUCCAAAUUAUUGGUUGACCGUCGAUCAAAGUUUCAGGGCCGGUGCUGUAGAAUAACUAACGUCGGCGAUGUAAUGCUUGUACUAAACGAGCUUCUUAAACAUAAUAAAACUGUGGCAAAGGCGUCCCACCAACAUAUUUAUGCAUGGAGAACAGCAGAUGUAACAGCAGAUGUAAUACCGAAGUCUUUAAAGGACAAGACAAAACGCACACAGUCCACAACGGAACUGGCCAUUAAAAAUUUAAACCAGGGGUGUGCAGAUUGCGGAGAGGCUGGAGCUGGCUCUGUUUUACUAAGAGCACUAGAGAGAAGUCAAAUAGUUAAUGUUUUACUUAUAGUUACACGUUGGUACGGGGGAACACCGUUAGGCCCCAAACGGUUUAGAAAUAUAUCCUCUGUUGCAGUUGAAAGUUUAAAAAAGGGUGGAUUUAUAAAUUCAGCAAGUAUCUAG